CCCUCGUCGCAUCUGGUCGCAUCACUCCUCCGCUCUCCCUCCUCUUCCUGCGGACUGUACGGGUCAGAGAAGCGGCCUGUUGUUAGCUGUAUUCGGACACUUGUGGGUCUGUGAGCUCGGACACUUCCGCAGACAGCAGCCGCCAUGCAACAGCAUCUGUCUCUGGUGAUAUAACAACUGAUCCCAGCUCAGCCGAGUCCUCCACACACCCGGAUCCACCUCCAGCAGCAGCAGCUCCGCCGCUUUAGUCCUCCUUUUCCCGGAUCAACCUCCAGCUGCCGCCGCUCGUUGCGCCACAUGACCGUCUCAAAGAUGACAUGGCGUCCUCAGUACCGCAGCUCCAAGUUCCGCCAUGUGUUUGGGAAAGCUGCCACCAAGGAAAGCUGCUAUGACGGCGUGCCCAUCACACGAAGCGUCCAGGACAACAACUUCUGCGCUGUCAACCCCCGUUUCCUGGCCGUCAUCACCGAGUGCGCCGGGGGAGGGGCCUUCCUGGUCCUGUCUGUCCAUCAUACAGGUAAAGUGGACCCUCACCACCCUCGAGUAUCGGGCCAUAAAGGCAACGUGUUGGACGUCAAAUGGAACCCCUUCAACGAUUACUGCAUCGCCUCCUGCUCAGAGGAUUCCACGGUGAAAGUUUGGGAGAUCCCUCCUCACGGCGUGCUGAAGAACCUUACGGUUCCGUGCAAAGAGCUGCAGGGUCACAGUCGCAGGGUGGGCCUCAUCGAGUGGCACCCGACAGCUAACAACAUCCUCUUCAGCACAGCUUACGACUACAAGGUGAUGAUCUGGAACCUGGACUCUCCAGAGCAGGUGAUGAAGAACCCGGUCCGGACCAUCAGCCACCACACCGAUGUGGUUCUGUCCAUGUCCUUCAACACAGAUGGCAGCCUCUUCGCCACCACCUGCAGGGACAGGAAGGUCCGGCUGAUGGAGCCUCGCUCGGGGAACUUGCUGCAGGAAGGUAACUGCAAAACACACAAAGCCAGUAAGGUGCUGAUUCUUGGAAACAUGAAGAUGCUUUUGACGUCUGGCACCUCGCGCUACAACGAUCGACAGAUCGCUCUGUGGGAUCAGGACGAUCUGUCGGGGCCCUUGUUGCAGGAGAACCUGGAUGGUUCCUCCGGGGUCAUUUUCCCUUUCUACGACCCUGACACACACAUGCUCUACCUAGCUGGCAAGGGUGAUGGAAACAUCAGAUAUUAUGAGAUCAGCUCAGAAAAACCCUACAUCCACUUUCUAACGGAGUAUCGCUCACAUGUACCUCAGAAAGGAUUGGGUGUGAUGCCAAAGAGAGGUCUAGAUGUGAGUUCCUGUGAGGUUUUCAGGUUCUACAAACUGGUGACCAUUAAGAGUCUCAUCGAGCCUCUGUCAAUGAUUGUACCCCGCAGGUCGGAGUCAUACCAAGAGGACAUCUAUCCGAUGACGGCUGGAAACAGGCCAGCUCUAACUGCGGACGAGUGGCUCAAAGGCAUCAACAAAGGUCCAUUGUUGAUAUCACUGAAGCCUGGAAGUGAACUACCGGAGUCUCAGUUAGAGACAAAUGGGCUGAGUAACUCCCUGGAUGCUCAAAGGUUUCAGAGUAGACCGGGAAAUCUGCAGCUCUCAUACAUUCAGGACCAACUAGAAGCCAAAGACAUCCAAAAAGGGCGCCCCGAGGACGACAGGAGUCGAACAGCUGUGAGCAACAAGGAGGACCUCGCUCUGUGCUCACCUCCCAGGACAGAGAAUGAGCUACGUCUGAAGUUUCUAAAGCAGCAGGAGGAGAUCCGACGGCUGAGGGAGCUCCUCAAUCAGAGAGACGUUCGCAUCAAGCAGCUAGAGCUGGAGAUCAAGAACGUCAAGAACUCUCAGUCACAAGGUUCCCUUUAAGUUUGGACUUCCUCACGGGACACAAACAUGCAUUCCUGCACAAACUGUUUCAUCAGAGCCACCCGAGUCUCAGAAAGGUUCUGGCUCACCCGUUUUGUUCCGAGGAGCCCCACGAGCUCGCUGCACAGCAUCGACUCGGAUCGGGAGUUUCAUUCAGUCCUACACAUGGUGCACAUGGUUGUGUUUUUUAUGUUCGUGUACUUUUGGAAACUGCACCUUUUUUUACCUUCCCUUUGUUUUUUUUUCAGCGCCUCACAGCUAUGCAAGUUUAAUGUGGUUUCUUAAGUUUUUUAUGCUUUUUGUAGCUGAUUGAUAAAACAAUAUUUGAGCUUGUGUUGACUGAAUGAUUCGGCCAUUUGUGUGUCGCUGCUGGAGAGAGCAUUUCUGUGAUCAGAAUCUAUUUUUUAUGUUUGGUAAUUAUUUUUCCUCUGAUAUUUAAACUACUGUAAGUGGGCGCGGUUGUGGUGUUUAACGAGUGUGUGAAUGAUAAAAUGUGAUCUGCCAUGCUGUUGAGCAGAAUUUCUUUUUGGCUAAUACAGUUUACCAACUGUUUGAAAAAGACAAAAUCUUGUUUUGUUUCUGCUGUGGAGUCGCUGGAAAGCCAAAGUACCUCAUAACUUGUAAAAGAAGAAAUUCCUACGUUUUUUUUAACAUAAAGGUUUGCUGAUCCGUUCCUAUCAAUUAUCUAUCAAACUCCAGCAGAAUGCCAUCUGCUGGGCUAAAUAGAAAAAACAUCUAAGUCCUUAUGGUUCAGGUUGUGAUAUUGGGGUGUGUGUGUGUGUAGGGGUGUGCAGGAUCAUAAAAAUCUGUAUAAAUGGGUCAAAUGUAAAAGGUUUUAACAAUUUAUUCUUUUGAUGUUUUUUAAAACAUAACUGCAUCAUAAUUAAUCUCCACACAAGAGCCAAAAUAUAAAACAAAUAUUGUCAGUUUCAGUAUGCACUUGCUCUACAGGUUUUCCAUGAAUCAACUUUAAAAUUUAUAGAUGCUACUGUUUCAGUUAUAUUUUUUAAGUGUGUGUGUGUGUGUGUGUGUGUGUGUGUGUGUGUGUGUGUGUGUGUGUGUGUGUGUGUGUGUGUGUGUGUGUGUGUGUGUGUGUGUGUGUGCGUGCGUGCGUGUGUAACUGGCUUCAUGAGAAGAGGAAGUGUUGUAUGUAAGUGUUUGUCAAAUAAGAGCUGAUUUUUAAUUUGUUGCCUUCAAGCCAAAGAAUAAAUUGUAAAGCUCAGUUUAAUUAUGUCCAGGCCCAGUUGUUGCUGUGUUUAACAGUGAUGGUUGGUUCUCAUCUUUGCAAUUUGAAUUUCUGCGGAAAUACUAUAAAAAAUGAGUUCCUUUUAGACAUUCCAUUGAACAGCCUCAGUUUAGAGAAACAGAUCAGUUCUGCCCAGGCUGAGGUGCUAACAGCUAGUCACUAUGAGGCCGUUUACAAACGGCAUUUCUGCCAUUAGCUGUGUUUCCACCAUAGAAGUUCUCGGAAAUUUCUGAGAAGGUGGAAUGUGACGGGGAAAAUAUGAUGCCCUGCUGUGUCCAAACAAAAUCAGCUCUUUAAGGACUUUGCUAAGACAUCAGGUCAUUGCGACCAUUUCGGAAGCGAGGGGUGUCAUUGAGCAGCAUCAAUAGAAUGUAAUUUAUUCCAUCGGGGCGUGGAGGGUGGCAGUGUGAUGUAAAAAUCACGUUCAAUCAUAAGUUAUGGUGUGUUUUACAGCGCGAAACCACUAAGGGGUGUAAAUGUUGGCAUUGAGGAGGGAUUUCCAACACACUUCAGUGCUGGGAGUUUAGAAAUUAUUUUAAAGCAACAUGAAUGCUGCUUCUUUUCCUUUCAUUCUGCUUCACCAGCAACUCCAAUUUUUACAAAGGCCAGUUAUUUAGUGACUCCUGCCAGUGUCAUUUCCCACUCAGUUACAAUCACCACGGGUUAACCUUAAAUCCCGCUCAACGAGUCUACCGCCCCAUUUCGGUGUACAUAACCCAGUUCAGGCACUCGGCUGGUCCCAGAAAUGCCCCAGUGAAAUCAUAAUCUGUUUUACAGAGUGCUUUUCACAACUAUCCCAAGACACUUUUACAAAAUGGAGACACACCCAUGCCGUGAAGAUAUGGUAAAAUUACCCAAAAGUCCCGAUAGUGAAAACAGGCCUAAGGUGAAGCAAGUUUAAACUCAAAAACCUCAGCAGUUUAUGUGAUUGUUUAGUGUGACAAAUAGCCACUCGGAUACAGAAUUAGACCACUAAAGUACUAAAGUAUGGAGCCUUUAGAGAGGGAUGUGUGAAGGCCCUGAAAGGAUCCAGGCUCAUUGAAGUAUAAUACAAAUGCAAACGGAUGAGAGGAAUGAAAAGAAUGGAUGAGAGAAUCAAAAGCAGGAAUGAAAGAAGGUAAAUAUGAGGAUGCUGAAAAUACAAAAAAAAGAUGUGAAAAUGAGAAUUAGGAAUAAAGGGGAUGAGAAAUACAUAUGAAUAUGAGUGAUUGUGGAUAAAGAUGAGGGAAAGUAAGGGUGACGGCUGGUAGGGGUAAGAAUGAGGACAAACAGCAGGAUUAAAGGUGCACUAUGUAGAAAUGAAGUAAAAAAUGACAUCAUGUGGUAAAAUUUGGUUACUCGAACCACUAAAUAACUGGAGCUUUUUGCCAGGCGUUGUCAAAUUACAGUUGUCGGUGCUGCAGUAUUAGCUCGCAGGGGACACAACAACCCCACACUCAUUGAUGGUAAAUAGUAGUUACGUGCCUCCAUCUUUUGUUUUGAAAGGAUAAAAAACUGACAAAACCUAACCUGACCAGCCAGUCCCAUGCUUGCUUAUGGGAAGCAAUGGGUCUGGGAACUCUUCUAUUCAAAUAAUCCCAGCCCCUGAGAAUUCUGAGGGGAACUUCUGAAUGGUAAACAACUUGUCAGCUGAUUAGAGGUGGGGUUUAUCCUAAACCAAAGUUAACAAGAGAAAUGUAUACAUAUCUGUAUAAAGAUAAAUGGAAUUUCAUCAGUAACAGCUUGAAGUGAAGGUUAUAUCAGAUUAUUGUAAAAACAAUGUCUGACUCUUUGAAUCCAAUUAUGGGUAUACUACUGCAACCCAUUUUCUAAACACACGUUCCAUUUCAUGGCUGUUGCCAACUAUGAUCAGCAACUAAAGAUUCUAGAUAAGCAAAGAUGAGUUAAAAAAAAGUAGCAGUGUUUACCCUACGUAGGCUCAGGCUAGCGCUGCACCACGGCCACAAAAUCAAACACCCUCCCCCCAUGGAAACGAAAUGUUCCAUGCUCAACUAUUACCCUUUUCCCUGCUUUCACAGCAGCAAAAUGGUCCACAGAUGUACACACACCCCUCGUUCUCAUGGCGGACGCACGGCCGCGCACCACAAAAAUUUCUAGGUGAAACACUGAGAAGCUUGAGGUAUUUUUAGAGCCGAGUAUUUGUUUCUAAUUCACCAUUAGCAUCAUCAGUAAAAGAUGCUGCGACGUCUUAAGCUGUUUUUACAGGACCGUAGCGUUUGCAAAACGGGAUUUGCCGCGGUUCCCUGGGGAGGAUUUUGGCAUUUAUAGUAGCAAAGCUGAAGCUAGAAUAAACUGCCAUCAGGCACCUCUCAAACCGAGACGGGAUAAGGGGAGGUCGCUGGGUGGCCCCCCACAUGUGACGUUAAGGGUCGCGCAUUUAGCGUCAGACACGUUGGACUGAUGACAUUUCUUUUUCAGGACCUUUAGCUUUGAUGUGACCUGCUUUUUGUCCCGCUUGACGCCCCGCUCAGCCAGUGUUUUCACCACUCUGUAGAACAGCUGGCUGUCUCUCACCGUCCCCGUAAAAAGGUGACUUAUGGGCCAUUCCUAUCUGUACCGGGUCGGGUAGUGUAGGUUGUUUACAUAUCUGGGUGGCCUGGUAUUUUUCCGGGCCAACCAAGGCUCAUUCUCAGCCCUCUUCUCGAGGGGGUCUGCUUCAGGCCGACCAGGUCCAACACACCCACUGCUGACAGCAAAUUCACACCUUCCAUUAGAGCAAGCCUCUGAUUGGUGGGUAGAAUCAGCCCACAUGGGCUUAAGGCAAGGAUGUCUGGAAUCAACCGGGCCAGGCUGGGGCCGACUGGGGCUACCCGGCCCGGGCCGACCCGGUACAGAUGGGAAUGGCCCAUUAAUCUGUCCGCUCGCACAGCCAAAAGCUCCAUGGUCUCCACGUACGUCCAGUUUGCCAUGUUGUAGGUGGUUGAAAGAUACUAGUGAGAGGCCAUGUUUGUAUCCCUUCUGGCCGGCACUCGGCGCGCAGUAGACGUCACUAACGCGACCACCCUCUUUUGCGGGGGGGCCUCCCACAGUCGCUCCAAAGGGAUUAGUGGGGCUGACACGAGUUUAGCCGUCAGAGGCGAGGGGCUCAUGCGGCAAUAUUAUUACGAGGCUAAGAGCAUCAGAAUAGUGUUUUAUCACCUUUCCCCUUUGCUGCAUUUACGAGACCCACAAAUUCGGAUUUAUCACUCUGUAAUGACGCGAUGGUCUGUCUUAUAAAAGAGGCUUAAGUCUUACAAGAAAUACCUUCUGGGUCACUCCUGUUACUGGCUUAGGAUCUUUACAAAACAUUGCUGCGUUUUGCCAGCCGGUGAUUUACAAAUGAUGACAUAGCAUUUUCCGAUGCAGACUCAGCAACCCCACAAGCUUCCAGAUUGUAAACAGUUACUAUGUGCAUGUUUGGCUAUUUUUAAAAAGGAGAAUAACCGACAGCCCGCCUUCUCGCUGAGAAGGAAACCUGUUUCAAAGUAGCCUUCCUUCCAACGAUUGUUUCAUGAUCAUCUCACUGUAAAUUUUACAUACUGUACCUUUAAAUACGUUUUUUUUAAACCCAUCAACAUUCCAGCUCUAAACUAUAUUCGGGACGUCUUGAAAAACAGCAGGAAGAGAAAAGAAUCCUAAAAUGUUAACAUUUUAUUUACAAAGUUGUUUUUUUGUCAUACAGAAAGUAAAAAUGUAGCUACAACCUUGAUUUGUGCAACAGGUUGCCACACUAAAAACCAUGGCCUGCUGGUUGCACAACUGCUAUAGCAAUAAUUUUAUUGGGAAUAAAAUGAGGAACAGAACAGAAAAUAAAAAUUAAAGACAAAA